AUGAAACCUAUAUUCCACCACUGGGCUAACGAUUGCGAGAAGGGGCUAAUCGAAGAGGGUAGCAUCCAGGAUGCAGGACGCAAACGUGCCGCGCCACAUAUAAAGACUUACAUACGGUACAACGAGAACAAGACCAUCGAUUGGGCCUUGCUCACAUCCGCCAACAUAUCAAAGCAGGCCUGGGGUGAAGCCGCAAACACCGGGCAGAUACGAAUUGCCUCAUGGGAGAUUGGCGUCCUCGUGUGGCCUGAAUUAUUUGCGGACGGGGCUAAGAUGGUUGGUAUCUUUAAGACGGAUACGCCUGCAAAAGACGAUCUAGACGGGGACGAGCCCAUAGUUGGUCUAAGGAUACCGUAUAGCCUGCCUCUACAGAGAUACGGAGACAAUGAAGUUCCAUGGGUAGCUACGGCAAGCUAUACGGAACCCGACUGUAUGGGUCAUUUUUGGAAGGAUUAG